CUCACGUUCAGUAGUUAUGGUACAUCCGACGCCUACCGGUCAUAAGUUACGUUUUGACUUGUAGCAGCAGGAUACCGCGGAGUUACAGCAGUCCAGUGAAUUAUUUCGUAAAAGAAACGCAAGGCGUUUUUUUCUGCGGUUUGAAUUCCAUAAUAUUUAUCGUGUUUUUUGUGGAGAUUUUGACGUUCGACGUUUGGAAGCAGAUAGGAACAUGGGGCCAGGUCGGGGCCAAUAUAACCGGCAUCGCUAUGCAUGGAUGUGUAUUUUAGGUGCAUUAGUUGGCGCCAGCACUGUAGCACACGCCCAAAUCUCAUGCCAGUUCGAGGGGAACUACUGCGGAUGGACACCCAGUCCCGCUCAAAUAUGGCAGGUCACGCAAGGCUCGGUAUCUACUACCGCUAAGCCUCCUGCAGCAGGGCAAUGGAUGGCUGCUGCGAAUAGUCCCACUGGUGAUGAGAUGUACGCCGAGCUGCUCUCGCAAGAAAUCUACUUGACAUUCCAAACCACGCUGACGUUUCGCGUGCUUCAACAAAUGUUUGGAUCCAAUAACGAGCCAUAUAUUCAGUUGAAUGUAGUGCCGUCGGAUGGAUCACCGGAACUGAGGAUCUAUAGCAAAAACGAUCAAUUCAGCUGGACCAAUCCCUUUGUGGUCAACUUGGAGCCGCGUAGCACUGCUUUUCGAUUGAAGUUUCGACUGAAAGUACGCAGCCGCACAUUCUGGACGGCGUUAAACAACAUUGUCCUUAGAGACGAAGCGCUGAUCGGACCACCAACCACAACCGUGACCCCCAUCCCCACGACCACAACGAUAGCCGCCAGUAAUCUCGACCGUUUCAUCACGUGCACCUUCCGUGCCGGCAUGUGCGCCUGGCGCAACGCGGCGGACAACCACGUCUCGUGGACCGUGGAGAGCGGCACCAGUAUCGGUUUGGGACUUCCCGGCGCUCCCGAUGCAUCGACCGAUGAGCAGUACCUGAUGACGCGCGCCGGCAACUCACUCACCCAGCGAUACUUUUCCCGUCUGCGAUCACCGGCGUUUGAAUACACUGGCACCACGCAGAUCAGUUUCUGGUAUAACUUCAAAUCGGAAGGCGGUUCCUUGGUGGGAAGAACGUUGCUGUUCGUGGCGGGUAGUCAGUCUUUGGAAAUCACUGGGAGCACUUUUAACGGCGAAUUCGAUACGUGGCACCAGGCGCAGUUCACCAUCAACAGUAACGGUUUCAAUGAGUUUGAAUUUGUUGCCAGCAUGGAAGCACAGGAUCAAAUCGCUGUCGACGAAAUCGUUUGGACUGGCGACGAAAACGGAGCGCCCAACACUCUGCCGACCACCACCGUCACCACGACUCAGAGCACCACAACCCCCUCCACCCUGCCCACUACUACGUCUGCACCACGCAAUCCCCUGACGUGCUCCUUCGCGGAGAAUCUGUGCGGAUGGACCACGGAGACCAUCGACACUUUCCAAUGGCAGCGCGUCAACACCGUCACUGCCUCGCCGCAGAAUAUCGUCGCCCAGCCCGAUAUCGAUGGGUGGUUCUUGUUCGCGCAAGGCACCGAGCUGAGCAACGCCGAUCGAGCGCAUCUGGUGUCCAAUUCAAUCACACUCCGUGCACGGGCGGUUCUGCGCUUCUACGUGUACGCCACGGCGGCGGCCGGCGAUGGAAUCUACGUUAACCUGAAUUUCGCUGACGGGGAACAACUGACGAUUUCGCGACAGAUUCUGGGCUCGACUACCUUCAACAGAUGGGCUCAGCACAGCGUGCUAAUCGAGACACUCAACCGGGAAUUCAGCAUUGUGAUCGGAGCCGGUGUGAUGAGCAUUCGCCGUUUCGGACUGGACGAAAUCACCUUCGCACCGGAGGGCGAGGUGGUCUACGGCAGCAGCCCAAUUUUCCUAACGACGACUCCGCGCACCACCACCCAACGCAGCACACCCACCCCGCAGCCGGCCGUCACCGACGCCAUUUUGACCUGUUCCUUCGCCACGGACCUGUGCGGUUGGCGGACGCAUCCGGAAUCGGAGGGCGAAUGGCAGCGCACCCAGGAUGCCGGAGUGACCAAUCUCCCGGCGACGGCAUCCGAUCAGUUAGCCGAUCCCUGGUUUGUGGCCUUCCGAGGCACGUCAGCGGCGGAUAUGUCGCAGGGUCUGUUGGAAAGUCGACAGUUUUUGAACGACCGAGCACGGUAUAUUUCGCUCUGGUACUACAAGCGCGGAGUGUCCACGGGAAUUUCCUACCUGGGACUACGAUUGGCCGAUCAGAACGGCGUACAGGGCGAUAAUAUCUGGCGUCAUCAGGGUAUCGCCGAUCCGGACUGGGAACAGAUCCGCAUUCCUAUCAACACUACCGGACUUAUUUCGCUGGUUUUUUACUGUGGCGCUAACAACUUCAUCAUCUGCGGUCUGGACGAGAUCCAGCUGGAGAACGAGGCCGACCUGGAGAUCCUGCCCUUCCCCGGCAGCGGCAGCACCCCCGGGGGCACCCUGCCCACCAGCCAGCCCCUCCCCUCCGAGCCCCUCCCGGCAGUGACCUGCGACUUCGAGGACGGCUACUGCAAGGGCUGGCUGAACAUCGGCGACAUCCUGUGGGAGCACACCAACGACUCCGCCCCCUUGAUCAGCGCCGGCGCCCACCAGGGCUCCGGCUUCGUCUACAGCACCCUCAGUUUCGGGGGGCGGGAGUACGCCGCCAAACUGCGCACGGAGGAGAUCAACGCGCUGACUGAUGAACUGACCUACGGGAAGGUGACCUUUUGGGUCAAUCACGCCAACGCGGUCAGUCACUACCGCUUUUCGGUGCACGCUAUUUCCUCGGUGUUGGAGCACGAUGAAAUUGCCUUCGCGGACCCGGCCACGGAUACCAAUCGCUGGAUUCAACAGGAGGCGUAUUUCUGCUUGAACGGGCCCGGACAUUUGGUGUUCCGCGCCGAACAUUCCGACGUGCUGACCAGCAUCGGCUUGGAUGAUAUUGUUGGAGAGCUUUACCGAGAACCAGUGGGCAAUCCGGUGUGUCCCAUGCCGACGGACGCGCCAGUGACCACCGAGGCCAGCACCCGCUUCCCGCUGGUCACUCCCGAACCGCACGGUGACUGCUACAGCUGGUCGCCGCUGCCGGGCGCCUCCUGCUCCUUUGACACGGGCAUCUGCGACGGCUGGGGAUCCUUGGGCUUCUACCUACCGUUCGUCUUCGGAAACGGGCCCGUCGAGACCGGCGCCGGAAUUCCUGACGACCAACCAUCUUCCGGUUACGCGAUGACUAACUGCACCAUCCGUCCCGCGGUGCCCGACCAACCGCAGGAGCUGAUCAGUGAGCUGGACGGCCCGAAUGUACAAGUGGAGGACGGGAAGACCUUCCACGGACGCGUGACCUUUUGGUACUACUUCAACAAUAUCCGCGGCGACAACAAGUACCUGCAGGUGUACCUGACCACCAUCCUCAACACCGUGGUCAUCUGGAACGUCGAUCAGGGCCAGUCGGGGCGCUGGCGGUACGCCGAAGCGCAUUUCGAGGCCGACAUCGGCUUCCACGUGACCUUUGUCGCCGAACACAGCCGGUGCGGCACCCCCGUGGCCAUUGACUCCGUUUCCGUUGAAGAAGGCACCGAAACCGAAUGCGAAUCCUUCUUGACGUGUGACUUCGAGCACACGUUGUGCGGCUGGACGUCGGACGACAUGUUCCUGGGCUGGCAGAUCGGCACCGGGACCACCGGUCUGGACGGGUACGCCAUCGUGGCUCCCGACAACGAGACGUACGUCUACGUCGACAGCAAUCUGUGGGCGCUGAACCGGCCGGCCGUCCUCAAGUCCAAAUCCUUCGUCCCCUACCACGGCUUCAUGUCGGUGCGCUUCCACGCCUACGGAUACGGGGUGGCCUCGCUGUCGUUGUUUGGGGAGACCGCCAGCGGUCGCUUCCAACUGUGGGAGACCGGGCCCUCGCAUCGCGGCUGGCAGAUGGCCUCCAUCGAGAUCUGCUUCAAUGAGACUUUCGUGUUGUCGUUCGAAGCGGUGUUUUCCGCGCCGGGAUUCCUAAUCGGGUUAGACGACGUCGUGAUGCGCACGGACAACCAAUUAAUGUCCAAUUUAUCCUGCGCCAUCCUGCCGCAACACACCACCCCCGCGGGCGUCAGCACCGUGACGGCCGGAACCCGGACGACCACUCCCGAACCCACCACCACGAUGACCACCGUCCUGACGUUGCCACCGAACCACGAAGGAAACAUCAGCUGUGAAUUCGACGGCAAUUUGUGUGACUGGCGCAACGUCCCCAACGCUCUACCCUGGACCACCGCUAACAACGAUCCAGUUGCGGUGGACGCCGCUCACAACGGUGCAUACGCUGUGGCACGCGUGGGCAACGCUACGGGACUGACGUUGGCCAGGAUGAUCAGUCCGACGUUUAAUGCGUUUGAUUUCAAGGAAGAACUGGAAAUUGAGUUUUUCUACCAAACCAGCGGACGCGGCUCGACCGGCAUCGCCGUGUACCUCGUCCAGGGCAGCCAGAUCCCCGACAGCCCCGUCUUCACCAGCGACAGCGGCGUCGUGGGUCAGUGGACGCGCGCUCGCACCGUCUUCUCCAUCCGCGAGUGCAACGGCCGACUGCCCUGCCGAUUGAUGCUGGAGACGCGCUUCCUCCGUCCCAACACGUGGAGCGCAGUGGAUUCCUUCCAACUGCAUCUGGAGAAUGGAGUUACGCUUGGUACAACGCCGAUUAGCUUGACGACGAUGGAUCCGACCAUGGAAGUCAUCGAGGAAGGCACGUGCUCCUUCGAUGUCGGCUUCUGCAGCGGAUGGAUGUCACCGGGUUUCUACAAGUGGCACGAGAGUGUCGCUGAUCCCAUCGGUGUUUCACCGCAAGCCGGUCAUGGAUUCGUCUACGUGGAGAACGAGGGCAUCCUGAGCGCGGAGGGCCGCUUCGCGGAACUGCAGAGCCCGGCGUUUACCGCCAACGACGCCAGCCACAACCACACGCGCUCGGCGACGCUGUCCUUCUGGUACUACUUCGGCUACGGCACGGCCACCUUCCAAGUAUACAGCAAGAGCGCCGACGAGUGGUGGAACGACCAGCCGGAGGAGAACAGUGUGUGGAAAGUGACGCACAGCGUCUCCGCCAACUACCAGCGACGCUGGCGCCAGGUCACCGUGCGCCUCUGCUUCGAAGACACGCGAUCACUGGUCUUCCGCGUCACCCCCAGCAACACGUUUGCGCAUGUCGGACUGGACGAGGUCAUCACCACCCGCAACAACGUGGGGCCGCACACCUGCGAAAGCCUGCAGUACGCCGACGUUACCUGCGGCUUCGAGAGCGGCACCUGCGGCUGGCACAACGAAGAAUCCAUCGGCCUCAACUGGCGACGCACCCGCGUGGCCGGCAGCUACUUCAUGGCCACCCAGUCCGACAACGUCUGGCAAGUGUCCGGCACCGCCCGCUUGAUCUCCGACACCAUCCACCAGCAGGUACCCAACCCCACCCGCCUGUCCUUCUACUACGGGAACCCCGAAGGCGGCCACGGAACCACCAAGCUUAAAGUGAAGGUUUUCGAUCAAGAGCACGAGAUCUGGCACGCGCCCCGCAGCAACACCACCACGUGGCAGCGAAUGGACGUCGUCAUCUGCCAGGACCCGGGCUACCAGCUGGUCUUCGAGUCCACGGUGGCGGGUGUGCAGGUGGACGAUAUCGAGUUGACCGGGGAGAUCGAACCGGCCCCGCCCGGGUUUAAUCCGCAGUGUCCGUCGCCGAUUUUGACGUGUGAUUUCGAGGAUGGCAUGUGCGGCUGGACCACCGAGAUCGGAAAGAAUCUGCGCUUCCGCCGCGCACAGACCGUCGAGAAUGCUGUUGAUAGCGGCGUGAUUGGAAGUGCUGCCCAGGGUACGUGGUUCGUGUAUGCCGCGGCCAAUCAGCGGCAGGAUAGCGAUGAAGUGGCCCGCUUGGUGGCCAACGGCGCGGUCAAGUUGGCGCGCGACGGAAAAUUCUCCUUCUGGUACCACGCACGCGGACACGGAGUGAAUUUUGUCAGACUGACCAAGACGAAAUUGGGCAUGAAUGGAAUAGAGUUUGAUGUGUUGUGGGAAGAGACUGGAGGAAAUACCGAUCAGUGGAAGCGAGCGGAAGUUGUCUUGUGCGACUCAGCGGAAUUUUAUCUGGAAUUUUCCGCCGGCUUCAUUCUGCCGGACUACGUCGUCGCCUUCGACGCCCUCGAGCUGGAAGACGAAGGCGCCAUCUCGGGCGCCAUCCCGCCCGACACCUUCCUGUGCCCCGGCCAGACCGUGACGACCAUCAGCUGCGACUUCGAGAGCGACCUGUGCGGCUGGACCAACAACGGUCUGGGCAUCGACUGGCACAUCCAACCGCCCGGCGACGGCGGCGAGCACUAUAUGACGGCGCAGUCCCGCGACGCGCCCUUCGACGGCGCCAUUGCACGCAUCACCAGCCGCCCUGUGACCUCGGCCAUGCCGCGCAACACGCACUUCAUGUUCGGCUACCGGAUGCCCAGCAACGGUAUUAAGUAUCUGCGGGUGAUCCUGCGCGAACCGGCCAGCGAUCAGGUGCUGUGGGAGCGCAACGGCGCUCAGGGCGCCGACUGGAUCUGGACCAAAUUCACCGUGUGCCCGCGCAUGUCCGGCUUUUCGUUCGUCUUUGAGACGGCGUUCGAAGAAGGGGAUCAUCAGGUGGAUAUCGACGAGGUGAGGUAUGUGGGAGAGCAGAAUACGGAGGACGCCUGGCCGGGAACAUGUCCGCUGGUCAGCUGCAAUUUCGAGCACGAUAUGUGCGGAUGGGAGAAUCAUCAGACCGCCGCUUCCAGCUGGAGUCGAUCGAAUGCCCUCCUAGAAGAGUUCGACCACUACGAAGCCACCCCCGACGGCUUCUGGCACGUGGAGUCCCAAGGCGCCCGCAACGGCCACCUGACCUUUGCCCGCUUGAUCAGUCCCUGCAUCCGGAUCCAGGGCAGCACCCCCAUGAACUUCUGGCACCACGAGUACGGCCAGGGCAUCGAGUACCUCACCCUCAAGGCCUUCCAUCCCAACGGCCAGGAAUCUAUCCUCUGGCAGCAGGAAGGCGCCCCCGGCGUCUGGCUGCGCCCCGAAAUCACCGUCGGCGUCACCGGCAGCGUCCGCCUCGUCCUGGAAGCGGCCUUCACCGCCUCCAUGGGCGUGGUCGGGAUCGACAAGAUCAAAUUGCUAAACGAAGCCGAACGCUUGACCUUAGCGGAUGAUUGUCCAGCGUACCCCGCCGACCGCCCCCUACCGCCCAUUACCCCGGCCAGUCACACGAUGAGCUGCAGUUUCGACCGGAAUUUCUGCGCGUGGAGUCACGCGGAAAAUUUCACCAUUGCCAGUGCGUUUACCGGGUUCGGAGGGUCCGUUGGUGGGUUUGCGUUGGCCCGGAGGUCGGCGACGCUGGUCGGACCGAUGGUGAUGCUGCAGCAGCGCACGCAGAUGUUUUUCUUCUACCGGGCGCACGACGAUCUGGAGGAAGCCGAGUUGAACGUGUACUAUGAGGAUGGACGUGUGGAGAAUCUGUGGAGGCUGGCUAGGAGCUCCGUUGGUUUUGGACGGUGGAUCCCCGUGCGGGUGCCGCUGUGUCUCGACGGACGGUUCCGUCUUGUUUUUAAUAUACAACUCAACGGUUUUGGUAAUUACGGAUUCGCCCUGGACGAGAUCAUCAUCACGGCGGAGACCAGCAGCAUCACGACCGGUCUGUCCGCCUUCAACUGCACCGCCCAGACCCUCCCCUCCAACACCGUCAGCUGCGACUUUGGAUCGUCCCAGUGCGGCUGGGAAGUGUACGACAACAACGACGUGGUGGUGCAGCGUGGCCGCAUUCCCGGCGACGACGAGCAUGCCACACCGGUGAUGUAUGCUCUUCCCUCACCGACCGAAGACCUCGGAUACACCUACCUGCGCAGUCCCGACAAAGUGGUGGAGGCCGGUACCGUCUUCUCCUUCUCCUACCUGCAGCGCGGCAGUGCUCUGGGUUACCUGGAAGCACGCUUUCCCAACGGGACGACCCUGGAGAUGCUGGAUCUCAGCCCGGCGGAGGACUGGACGUCGGUCAGCGUGGCGCUGCCGGCGGUGACCAUUGGAGAGAAUGUCCAGAUGCGAUUUCUGUUUGGUUUUGACAAGACCUUGACCCAGCGCAGCAAGCGUGCCCUUCCGGAAGAUGUUUUUGCACUGGAUGACGUGUGGUACUCCACGGAAGAGGGAUUCGUUCCCGACGAACAAAUCGACAUUAUUACUGAAGAUGGAUGCGAGCCACCGUCGCACACGGGUGUGACCUGCGAUUUCCAGUGUGGCGCCACCUGUGGUUGGCAGCCGCCCAGUCGACCGGCCGUCGGCUGGCGAGCUGUCAACGGAUCGUACGGGGUGGGUCCGUACGCCGUGUACAACGACGAUAGCGAGGGCUACCUCGUGGCCGACAGCCAGGACGUUACCGUCAUCACCGACACGCUCGAGAUGCGCUCUAAAGCAUUCCCCUAUGUUAACAGCAGCAUGGCCUUUGCCUACCGCGCCUUUGGACACGGCAUCAAGCAUCUGCGGCUGUAUGGUGAACAAGCCGGCAACCAGCGGUUCCUGUUGUGGGAAACCGGGGAUGCGUCACGGGAGUGGCUGUACACGCUAGUGUCCGUCUGCUUCAACGAUCCUGUUGUGUUGGUGUUCGAGGCGCAGUUCAACGCGCGCGGCUUCUACGUGGCCAUCGAUCACGUGAUCAUGAACGAGGAUCCCGACACGAACGCGCCCACUUCGCAGUGCCCGGCCGUGGAGCUGCACACCACCUCCCAACCCAUCACCACUGAUUCCGGCCAGACUACGGGACCGACAACACCGGCGCCCAUUAUUAUACCGGAACCCAUCCCCGGCACGAUCAGUUGUGAUUUCGGCGAAGGCAGCCAUGCGGACAUGUGCGGCUGGCAGAACGCCGACAGUCUGCAGCCACAAUGGACACCGCUCCUCCGCAUCGGACAGACCAACGUCAGCACAGUGUUCGAAGCGGAACCGGGCAACUUCUUUGCCGGCGCCACCAUGGGCAACGAAACCGUCCGCUCGACGCGGUUGGUCAGCGCGAAUCUGGCCACGGCCAACAUCUUGAACGCCUCGUCUAACCACUUCCAUGUCGAGUUUUUCUACCGAACAAGCGGCCGUAACGUAGCCGGUCUCGCCGUCUUCGUGGCCACCUCCAACCAGCUCCCGGCCACGCCCAUCUGGGCCGCCGGCUCCGGCGCCAUCGAAUGGACCCGCGCCGUCAUCGACUUCGACCGCCCCUCCAGCUCUCGCAUCCAACUGGUCCUGGAGGCCCGCUACAUCCAGCGCGGCGCCUGGAUCGCCGUGGACCGCGUCGUCCUGGCCGGUGAGAACGGCAACGUCCUCCCGCCCACCAUCGCCACCACCGUCCAACAACCUCUGGCCAUCGUCGAGGCGGCCACCUGCUCCUUCGACGUGGGCCUGUGUCCGGGAUGGAUCGGCGUCAACUUCAUCGAGAACUUCAACCGCUCCUACCACGGAGUGGCCGCCCAGGCCGGCAACGGCUACGUCUCCGCCGAACACCCCGAGGGCUUCUCCGAGCUCUUCACCCGACCAUUAUUGCUGCUGGAUCAGGAAGAAACGACUGUAGAGGUGACCUUCUGGUACCUGUUGGGUCCUGGAACCCAGUUGGAACUGCAGAUUCACGAACCGGCUCUCGGGAACGGAUUGGUCGGGGUCGUGUGGGAGGUGACGAAUAACGCCGGGGAUGUGGAGAACCCCCUGACCUGGCAUUUCGUCCGCCAGAAGAUCUGUGUGCCCCGCAACGAGACCACCAUGGUGGUGUUCCAUGUCAACCAUCGCAUUGAGGGGUCGUUUGCCGCCAUUGAUGAAGUCAUCUCCACCAAGUCUGAUGAAUCCUGUGAACCGCUGAUCCCGGAGCCGCAGUCCACCAACGUCACCUGCGAUUUUGAGGAUUUCGAAACAUGCGGCUGGCAGUCGACAGAUGGCUGGCGCCCGGUGCGCGGGCCCCACGGUCCGCCCGGCUACGGCAUCACCGACGUCAACGAAGGAUACAUGCUGGUCAGCAGCAGUUCCUUGCCCUCUCUCAACCAGCCCGCCACUCUCGUAACCCGCAGCAACAUUUUCCCGGCUGUCCGUAGUGUUUUAAGCUUCUCCUACCGCGCGUACGGACACGGCAUCCACUCGCUGCAGCUAUUCGCCAUCCGCGCGGACGAACGCUUCUUAAUAUGGGAAACCGACAAUUUCAACCAGCUCUGGGUCAACGACGUGGCGCCUCUCUGUUUCAACGAUCCCGUCAAGUUGGCAUUCGAAGCGCGCUUCAAUUCGCGAGGCUUCUACAUCGGUCUGGACCAUGUGGUCCUGCUGGGCGAGGGAUCCGACGCGAUCAUCCCGACGGAAGCCUGUCCGGAUGUGAUUCCGCACAGCACUGUGCCCUAUCUGACCAGCCCGACCCCGUCCGGAAUUACCACCACGGAACCUCCGGUUACGCUGCCUGUGGCAUUCGACGGAGAGAUUUCCUGCAGUUUCGAAGCUAAUAAUCUGUGCGCCUGGCGCAACCUGGACUCCAUCCCUUGGACGGUGGCCGCCUCGCACAACAACGUCUCCGCCCACGCUGGCAACUACAUGGCCGUGGCCACGCCCCGCGGCAGCACCGGUCAUCGCGCCAGCCUCGUCAGUCCCAACAUCAACGCCACGCUCUUCCACGGGCACCAGCUGAGCUUCCAGUUUUAUUAUCGCGUCAAUGAUCGCGGUUCCACCGGCGUCUCGCUGUACACGAUCACCUCCGAUGUGGAGCCGACCACCGAAUACGCGCAUUUCGGUCCGGCACCCUUCGGACAGUGGAAUCUGGCGCUGGUCAACCUCCGCAUCGAUCCCAAUGCGCCGCGCCGACAACUGCAACUGACCAGUCUCUUCACUCAACCCAACAGCUUCGUCGCCAUCGACGACAUCAUUCUACAUGCGGAAACGGGCGAUACGGUACCGACACGCCCCCCUACCCCCACGACACCGGCGCUGAUCACCGUCAUCGAGAGCGGCACCUGCUCCUUCGACGUGGGUCUGUGCGAGGGCUGGCAAGCUGAACACUGGAAGGAGAGCGUCGUUGUGCCCGGACCCACGGAUGCCCAGUCAGGUCGUGGCUACAUGUACGUGGAUGAAGUGAAAGACCGUUUUGUGGUUCGCAAUGACACGAUCAGCGCCGAACUGCGCACUCCGCCCUUCCACCGCGACUUCUCCGCGCAGACCAGCAGCAAGAUGACCUUCUGGUACCGAGCCGGACCUGGCGCCGCCACCCUGGAGGUGUUGCUGCGUGAAACCGCCGCCGGCUACCUCAACGCCGAGAGUUCUGUCUUCUCCGUCAACCCCCUCGUCCUCGAGGAAUGGAUUCCGGUCACCGUCACUUUCUGCAGCACCGGUCAACAGGGGGUCGUCUUCCGGGUUUUCCUUGGCGAUGAUUUCACCUAUCUAGCGUUGGACGAGGUCCUGACGAUCAAGGACACUGUCGACCACUGUCCGGACGUCUGCUCCAAAUGGGAAGUGGCCGCGGAAUGUGAUUUCGAGGACGGAUUGUGUGAAGGAUGGGAGCUGGGAUUGACGUUGACGGACAACGGACAGGAGACGUCGGCGGAAGGCUUUGUUGUAGCCAAUUACAGCAGUGUACCGGCGCCGACUCAUAAUGAGACCGGCGACAGCUUCCUGGUCAAUCACUGCUUCUUCGACACGGACCCGGCUGAUAUGGGCGGACCAGGCCACGUCUCGGCCGUCCGCUCGCCGAACGUGACCUUUGACGCUGACCGUACUCAGGGCCGCAUCUCCUUCUGGUACUACAGUCACGGCCAGUUCCCGGCAACGAAUAAUCUGGGAGUGAUCGUCAUGGACGCCGCCGUGCACAACGUGGAGGCGGCCAUCGAGAUCCCGCUCUUCAUCCAGGUCAUUCCCGGCCGCUGGAAUUACGUCCACCAGACCGCCAUCAUCCCCAAGGGCGUCCACUACGCCGUGGUCUUCACCACGCAGACACGCUGCGAAGUCUUCAUGAUUGUCGACGAAAUCGUUAUCGAAAGAAACGUCCCCACCGAAUGUCUGGACGUUUCCUGCACCUUCGACGACGGAGACACCUGCGAGUGGGAGAACACGACCGAUCCCGGUUUCUGGCGUCUGGGCAGCGGUCACGUGGGCAGCCCCGCCUACGGUAUCAACGGCAGCGCGCAUGGCAGCGGUUUUCUCUAUUUAGACAGCAACGACCUGCCCUCGCUCAACUACCCCGCCGGCAUCCGCACCAGCAUCACCCUGCCCAGUCAGACAGCCGAUUUCUUCUUCUACUACCGCGCUUUCGGCACCGGCAUCGCCUCCGUUUAUUUGUACGCCGUUCACGAGGACGGCAUCCGCUAUCCGCUGUGGCACACUAGCAACGCCGCUCGCCAAUGGAUACCGGCUUACGUGCGACUGUGUCUGAAUGAACCCUUCAAGCUGGAAUUCGAGGGUAUCUUUGCCGCACGCGAUUUCGUGAUUGGUUUGGAUGCGUUCCACCUGGCGGAGAUUGGACCGGCGGUGGAUUGUCUGGAGUUGACCACCCCGCGACCGCCAGUGUCGAUUACCACCGCGGGACCGGUCACGCUUCCUACCGUGCCCACGACGCUCCCGGUUGUCCUGCCACCAGCCUGGAAUGGACCGAUCAGCUGUGAUUUCGAGAACAACACGCUGUGCUCUUGGCGCAAUCUGGACGACAGCGCGAACAAUUCCAAGUGGCGCGUGGUGGAGAGCGUCGGCAGCGGUAUCGCCGAGAUCCCGGAAGCUUACCGCGGACGCUACUUUGCCGCAGCGCAGCCCACAUCCACCAGCCGCGUGGCGCGCCUGAUGAGUGCCAAUCUGGAUUCCGACUGCAGUCAGCCAUUUAACAUUGAGUUUUACUAUCGAACCAGCGGACGAUUCGUGCAAGGUAUCAGCGCUUACUUGGCCGUCAGCGACGCCUUCCCUGUCACCUCCGUCUGGCACACCGGCCACGGCGACAUCGGCCAAUGGCAACGCGCGGUCAUCAGCAUCCGACAGGCGGACGGCGCCGACGCCAGCCGUUGUCAGCUGAUCCUGGAGACCCACUUCACCCGCCUCGACAGCUGGACCGGCAUCGACGAGAUCAGCCUGGAAAGCGAGACCGGAAGCACAUUCCGCCCCACACAGACGUUCCCCACGACCCGCCCACCAACCUCCACGGUCACCCCGACGGUGUCCACUCGGCCGCCGGUGACACGGCCCCCGUUGCAGGAAUAUUCCUGUUCGUUCGAUGAUGGAUUGUGCGCGGGAUGGAGCUCGUUGGGAUUAUUACACUGGCAGACCGCCAAUCAUUCGCACGCCGGUGUUCAGCCGUUCCGUGGAGAGGGAUUCGCCUUCGUGGAGGAAACCAUCCACAAUCAGCACGACCGCUACGCCGAACUGGAGACGCCGGUGUUCCGCGCCAACCGCAACGGCAGCCACGCCUUCGUCAUGGACUUCUGGUACCUGUUCGGCCAGGGCACCGCCACCCUGGAGGUGAUCAGUAAACCGCAGGGCGAACAUUUCGAGGACCCGGCGAAGGAGGGCACCCUCUGGACGGUGACGCACACCACCGACAACGAUGCGGUGCACCGCUACUGGCGCCACGCCAGCGUCCAGGGCUGCUUCGAUACGGCACAGCUCAUGACGGUGGUCUUCCGUUUAACACCGUCCGAGCGACACUUCACGAUCGCUGCGCUGGAUGAGGUGGUCACCACGGCACGCCCCGAUUUAUUAGGCCCCGAGCAGCAGUGUCCACCGCAGAAGUUCGACCACACGGUGACAUGUGACUUCCAGACCGACGAGCCGACCAACUACAUCUGCGGAUGGGACAUCCAGUCCGGCAGCGGCAUCACAUGGAAUUGGAUCAACAAUGCCUCCAACUUCUUCUUGGCGACCAUCCCCACCAACGCCUCAGCAGCCGCCCCGGCGACGCGCCUAAUCAGCAUGCACGUCAACCAAUUCCCGCCCAAUCCCACCAAGCUGACCUUCCGCUACCGCUUCCCGCGCGAUGUGCACGGCGGUUACCUGAAACUGAACGUGAAGAUUUUCGAGGAAGAGUACGAAAUUUGGCGCGCCACGCCCACUUUACAGUGGCAGACGGCGACGGUGUACCUGUGCUUCGAGCCGGGCUACCAGCUGGUGCUGGAGACCACGGCGCUGGACGUCAGCGUCGACGAUUUCGUGCUGGUCGGCGAGACCGCGCCGGUGCAGCCGGGCGAGAUCGACGGCUACUGUCGCUCGCCGUUGGUGACGUGCGGCUUCGAGGACGGCUUCUGUGGAUGGAGAGAGACCAGCUUCCAUCGCUAUCGCGAAGAUGCCGGACAGAAUGCCGCGCUCGGAACAUGGUAUGUCAAGGCAGAAUCGGCGGACAGUGAGCCGGCCACGCCGGUGUUGCGUAUAUACGACACGAUCAAACUGCGCGCCGCCACUCAAUUUACUUUCUAUUACUUCUUGCACGGGCCCGUUCGUCAAUUGAGCCUGAUCAAGGGCCACAAGGGCUACGAUGGCACCUACGAACAGGUGUUGUGGACGGCGGAGGAGACCGGUCUGACUGGCUGGCGCAUGGCGGAAGUGACCGUGUGCGAUGAAAACCCCUUCACCCUGUUCUUCUUGGCGAACUUCGCGGCUGCCGACAGCGCCGUUGGCCUGGACGGUUUCGUGUUAGACAACGAAGCGAGUUUAUCCGGCCAAGUACCUCCCGACACCUACACCUGCCCCGGCGCCCCACAGACCACCAUCACUUGUGAUUUCGAAGCGGGCAACUGCGGCUGGAUGAACGCCCUGUACUACCGCAACUACUUCGAGAUCGUCAAUGACACCAUCGGCACCCCACCGGCCGUCAUCCUCGGCGCCAAAUACGGCUCCAACUAUCUCGCUUCCCAAUCCUCCAACUCUAUCAACGGCAGCAACAACGUGGCGCGCAUCAUGAGCCGCCCGAUCACCUCGGCCAUGCCGCACAACACGCAGGUGACCUUUUGGUACAACAUCGCGGCCUACCAGUUGCGCUACUUCCGGCUGAUCGUCCGCCAGAACGAGGUGGACGAGAUUGUGUGGGAACGCAGCGGCGGAAGUGCUCCCGGCUGGAAGGAGGCCGUGUUGACGGUGUGCGGGAAGGUCGGUGCGCAGUUGAUCAUGGAGGUGGCCUUCACCAUGCCGGACAGCGUGGUUGCCGUGGAUGACGUCAGGUACCGCGGGGAGAACAAUCUGGCGGCCUCCGUGCCCGGGUUGUGCCCCGUGGUCAGCUGUCAUUUCGAGGACGGCUUCUGCGGAUGGCUCAGUGACAUCCGGGCCGCUCCCUACAACAACAGAUGGGUCCGCUCGACGAGCCGUAUUGAUUACCAUGACCACCCGAACAACGGCAAAUCCGGCCGGUUCCACGCCCAAUCCACCGGCAUCCCCAACCAGGACUUGAGUAUAGCCCGUCUGUACACCCCCUGCCUGGCCGUCUCCGCUGACACCUCCCUGGAGUUCUUCGUCCACCUGUACGGCCCCUCCAUCCAGUACGUCCAACUGAAAUCCCUCUCCAACGCCACGAACAACGAGACCGUCCUCUGGAGCAGCAACAACGAUCAAUCCAACACCUGGCUGCACCCCACCCUCCCCGUCCCCGCCUCCUCCAACGUCGUCUUCAUCCUGGAAGCGGCCUUCUCCGACGCCGACUCCACCGUCGCCAUCGACCAGAUCCGUUUGUUCAACGAAGCGGAAGUGGUCACUCUGGGCGACAACUGUCCCAGCGUGGCGCCGGUGACCCCGCCGACCAGCCGCCCCACACGACCGACAGUCACCACCCCGGUGCCGCCCCUGCCCACCGGGACGUUGAGCUGUUCCUUCAAUUCCCAUUUCUGCGGUUACGGUUAUCAAGGCUUUAAAAUUGCCGACGCCAGUGAGGACAUAACGACCUCCGUGGGCGGUGGCAUGGCGCUGUUCCAACCGAACAGUCAGCAACGUCACGCCAGUCUGUUGUCGCGUGGGUUCUACGUGCGGGAACGCAUGCAGGUGUUCUUCUUCUACUUCGCCCAUGCGGAUGUGGAGGUGUUCACGGUGAAGGCGCAUUAUGUCGUCAAUGGACAGAUUACUUCGACGGAUGUGUUGUUUGAACUGCACGGAAGUGCCGCUCUGGGCGGGAUGGCGUUCGGACGCUGGAUACCCGGGCGAGUGACCCUUUGCGUACCGGGAUUCUCGCCGUUGGUACAGCUGGAGUUCAGCGUCACCGCUGGAGCCGGUUCCGCGUCGGAAUUCGCUGUGGACGAGAUCAUCAUCAACCGCGAAUCCCAGGCCACCUCCCUUACCCCUCUGAACAGCACCCUGGACUGCGGCCCGAUCAAUCGACCUAAUUCCCUGACCUGCGAAGACAUCGCCCCCGGCGCGCCCUUCUGCGGCUGGCAGGCCCCGCCCGGCGUCACCACCCAGGUUCUGCCCGGCACGCACGAGACCGCGCUGGUCGUCCUGGGCGACGCGCUGUCCGCCGGCCCCGUGCAGAUCGUCAGCGGGGAGAUCCCGCCGCAUCCGGAACCGACCAGUUUUGCCUUCAAGUACAUGCUGGUCACCCGCGCCCGCCUGCAGGUGGACCUCCUGGUGGGCGGGAACAACAGUCUGCCUUAUCCCUUGGCGCCCACGGAGAGCCUCGAACGCUGGACUUCCGCCGUGGUGGAGCUGCCCGCCAGCGACCAGCCCAGCCGAAUUACGUUCCGCGUCAGUGUCCUGGAGGUGCAGAACCGUCAGGAGCCGGGACUCGUACCGGCGUUGUUCGCGCUGACGGACACGUGGUACUCGGCUGAAGAAGGCUUCGUGGCGGAACUGGAAAAUUUGACCACCACCGUCCCUCCCGUCACCACCGGCUCGACGGUCACCAGUGGGUCGACGAUAACAUCCGGGCCGACGGCAACUUCCGGAUCGACGGUAACAUCAGUGACGUCACAGCCGCCGACUCCCACAACCGUACCGACGACGAACGCCACCACCCCGCCCAUCGUCGUGCGACCGACGAGCGCACCCCAGGCCUACAGCACACAGGACAUCGUGCUGAUCAGCGUGGGCUCGGUGGCCGGUGCUCUUGUCCUGCUGGGCGUGGUCAUCGCGCUGCUGCACUUGCGCAGCAAGCGCCGCGAGCGCAAGGGCCGCAGCUACGAGGAGCACGUCGUCACCGAGACGCCGCUCACCGAGAUGUCCACGCGCACCUCCACCAUGUCCAAACCGCCGGCCUACAGCAGCAAACCCCCAACACCGCCGCCCGCCAGCGGCCAGAGCACGCCGCCGCCCUCGCAGCCGACGGUGGCCGCCUUCCGCACCAAGGGCUUCGACGAGGAGACGCUGUAGAGGCUGUUGAUACUCUUAAGCGGAUGUGUUUCUGGAAUUUGUAUACUGUGAUGAAUGGACAGUUUUCUUUUAAUUUUUUAUAUUUGUCCCCCGAAUUUCUGGAUUUUUCUAGUCGGUAAUUUAUUACAAAAUCUGUGAAAAACUAUUAAAGGUCGAUUAUGGUAGA